AAACGGCUCCGGGUGGAAAGCGCUCCCCGCUGGCGGAGUGAGCAGAGUGUGAGCAGUGUGAGGCGGUUUAUAGGGUGUGUGAGAGCAGUGUGGGGGGUUUAUAGGGUAUAUAUGUUGGUGUCAGUAUGCGGAAGGGCUGGGGUGGUAAAUAUGGUACCGGUGUGUGUUGCUGCUGUUUUUCGGCGAUGUGUUUUGAAAAAUGUUCGGGUAGUUUCCUGCAGAACUUACUCACAGGAAGCUUCACUCUACAUCCAUUGGCCGUACUGUCUAAAGAGGUGCUCCUACUGCAACUUUAACAAGUACAUCCCUCGCUCAGUGAACCACACGCUAAUGACAGAGAGUCUCCAGAAGGAAACCCAGACACUGCUGCACGUCAGUCAGGUCUCUCGAAUUACCUCUGUGUUUUUUGGGGGUGGAACCCCCAGUCUGGCCCAUCCUUCUACCAUCGCUGCAGUGCUGGACACUGUAUCCAAGCAUGCGCAGCUGUCUGCAGAUGCUGAGGUUACUCUGGAGGUGAAUCCCACACCUGCUGGGAAAAGCAAACUCAGGGACUUUGUGGCAGCUGGAGUCAAUCGCUUUUCCAUUGGGAUGCAGUCUCUGAAUGAUGCCAGUCUGCGGGUGCUGGGGAGGGAUCACAGUUCUCAGGAAGCUCUCCAUACGCUGUCAGAGGCCAUGACACUUUGCCCUGGACGUGUGUCAGUGGACCUCAUGUUUGGACUCCCAGACCAAAGUGUGGAUUCAUGGCGGUGUGAGCUGGAGAAGGUGCUGUCUGUGUGUGAUGACCACGUGUCGCUGUAUCAGCUGACCCUGGAGAGAGGGACUCACCUCUUUAAGCAAGUUCAGUUGGGUGAAGUGAAUGUGCCUGGUGAUGAUGUCACAGCCGUUAUGUACCAAUCUGCGAGAAGCAUUCUCGAGAAGGAAGGCUUUCUUCAGUACGAAGUGUCUAAUUUCGCCAAAAAUAAUGCUGUUAGUACACACAAUACUGGUUACUGGAAAGCAUUGCAGUACAUAGGUGUUGGGCCUGGAGCACAUGGUCGUUUUGUUCCUCAUGCGCUAGGAGGGGUAUUAAGGGAGGCACGCACACAAACACUGGAGCCAGAUGUAUGGAUACGAGAAGUCCAGCAGCACGGACAUGCAACACGCCGGCGGAUACAGCUUAGCCAUCUUGAGCUGUUGGAAGAGGUUUUGGUCAUGGGACUUCGUAUGAAUGAGGGUAUCUCUCACCAGCACUGGGCAGAGUUCAGUCCAGAGGCAAGUUUCCACCAAGUUCUUGGCUCGUCAGAAGAUUUUCAAGACCUGCAAAAGAGGGGGCUUCUAAUUCUUGAUGACAGGGGUCUGCGGUGUUCUUGGAGCGGUUUAGCUUUACUGGACAGUAUUUUGCCUGUGCUGCUGCUGAGGCUGGAAAAGUUCUUCCAAAAACCACUGACCAGGCUGACGUCGGACUGAAGAAAACAUAACACAGCCCAGACAUAAAGCAGAAAACAUGAAAGGGCUCAUAUAUACACACAACAGGUAUUGUGGAAAUAUGAAGCCAAAGAUGGAAUGUGGAUGGAAGAGCAGAACGUCUUGUUGUAUUUCUAUUUGCAGUGUAAAAUUAUAAAGCCAUGACAGCUCAAAAAUGAUAGAAUUAUAUAGUAACUGGUUACAGGAAGCUUUUGAGUUUGAGAAAAUAGUUUUUCUAACUAUUAGCAAUACAAAAUACAUGAUUUGAGACAGGACA